AUGGCGUUUCAAGCAGAUGUCGACACUGUUUUGGAUGCAAAGGGAAUGUCUCACUUCGACGCCAUGAACUUCACCGACCUCUCCUACGAGGACAGCUGCGACUCGGGCUUCGAACUCUCCUUCAAGUCGGAAACCUCCGACUUCACGGAAGACCGCAGCGACUACUUCGAUUACGACAACGACGCCACCCCCACCAAACGGGAGAAAGGCUACGACCAAGACCUAUACGACAAAUUCAACACCGCCUUCCACAGCACGCUCACGGACCUGGACAGGAGAGUAGCGUCACGCACCAAGACGUCUUCCCCGGUGAAGGAGAAACCGAAGAGGCGCUAUGCCACUGGCAGGAACAGGGUCUCGAGGGCGAAGAGCCCUACGCAAAUCAUGAAGAUCAAAAGGGUGAGACGAUUGAAGGCUAACGAUAGGGAGAGGAACAGGAUGCACAUGCUGAAUGAGGCUUUGGAACGGCUUAGGUGCGUCUUACCUACUUUUCCUGAAGAUACCAAGCUGACCAAGAUCGAAACGUUGCGCUUCGCGCACAACUACAUCUACGCUUUAUCGCAGGCUGUCAACGAUAUAGAGAAAUAUUCGAAUGCUGACGAUAACAUCGUAGUGAAUGUGGGAAACGUCACGGUUUCCAUCAGCAAGCACGGGAAUACUAUAACCAGUAAGAACUUUGAGGAGAAGGUUGGGAAUGCUGUGGUGACCAGCGGGAGCAUCACCAAUGCUAGUUUUAUGGCGGAUUAUCGUAGUGCUAUCUCUAGUCCGGAGAGUGUCAGCAAUGACGGGCAGAGUUAUGGAUUUCAUGGUGAUGUCACCUACCACAGCGGCCAGUCGUUUGAGUAUCAAACUAAUAGUACAAAUUAUCAGUCUUACAAUAGUACAAUGACGAUGUUGAAUAAUUACAAUAACAACGUCGUGUAUGACUAUAACGGUUUCAUAAAAGGUUGA